AUGAAUAAGAGAGAUAUCUUUUUUCUUGGUUAUUUUGCUGGCGAUCGAACCAUUGCAACGAUAGACGAGAAGGACAUCCGCCACUCAUCAGGCAAAAAAAAACCACUAAAGAAGGGUGACCAUGUCCUGGUACAAUGGGGAGGUGUUCAACAUAAUGCAUAGAUUAUAACGUUCAGUCACGCUUGGUAGAUGCUAGCAUUUGGAAAAGUUCAACUCAUGCCCAAUUCCGCAGUGUGGGUGGAUGGAGGAGAUCUGAAAGACUUAUUGAAGGCAUUCGGGCAUGAUUGGAAGGAGUUGCUGAGACGACUCUUGAAGUGGUUGAUUGGUGAAUCUGAGCUGGCAACAAUGACCACUGCAGGAACAGGUGAAAAGCCUGGAAUACCCCCUGUAUUGUACCAAGCUGUCCAGGGCUACGUACGACUCAACUGUGAAAUUGCGCUAUCAAAGAAGGAGAAGACAAUUCCUUUCAAUCGAGUCGUAAACCUCAUGUGUGGAGCAAUGGCAGAAAAAUAUGGAUUGAUGAAGGCAGAGUUCGAUGGAGGGAGUGGCGACAAUGACCGCAGUACAGAGACGGAGAAUCCCAGAGGAAAACUCCCAAUUUCGAAGAGAAAGGCGAAGAAGAGAUCUGCCACCAAGAGUCCAGCCGUAGUCGUGAGCUCAGAUGAGAGUCCUGGCAUUGACUUCACCACGAACCCUGGGAAAACAAAGAAGUUGAUCAAACUGCAAGAGCCAAGGCGUAAUUCCACCGCAGUCAGGAGCUAUUCUAUUGUCCAUAGCGGAGCAACGAAGGCCAACAAAUUAAGAACAAGUGCUUCGCAGAAAAUAAAUAAACUGUAUGAAGCCGAUAGGUCAGAGCUUGAAGAUAUGAAUAAGUGGCUGACCUCGAUCAUCCCCAGUGAUGAAUCUGGAGUAUUGGACAGGAAGAUAAAACGCUCGACAUCUGGAAUUUUCUCAGUUGAACCCGCUGGUUUCGAACAAGAGCUCGAGAAAGGGAUGGCUACGUCUACUCCGAACAAUUCUUCUGGAAAAAAGCCCCUAAAUGUCAACUCCGAUUAUAUAUUAAAAAAUCGAUCUUCAGACUCUUCUAUAUUGGGCGAGACAAAAAGCCCAAGGCAUUCGAAGAAAAUUCCACAGAUUCCUGCAAUAAAAGACAAAGUGAACACGUCGAACAAUUUCUUCAAUUUCAAUGAGCCAAUUAUUGGUGUACCUGGUCCAGUAGCUACUCCAGUAACUGAUGAGAGACAAAAUGGAAAAGAAAGAACAGAGCAUCCAAGACUUGCUGAUAAUAACAAUAAAGAGAAUCAUCAGUAUGAGAGCUCUACUUUGGCUGCGGACCAACCUCAGCACACAGGAACUACUGGCCAUCCUCAGGACGCAGGAGCUAUUGGUCAUCCUGAGCAGACAGGUGUCGCUGGCCAACCUCAGCACGCAGGAGCUUAUCAGCACGCAUGGAAUUUCCCAACCAGGGGCGGCGGAACCAUGGUUGAACGUGUUGAGUACUCAACACCUGAAAUUUUUCAGUGCUACGAUGGGGCAGCCAAUGUAAGCGGACACAAAACAGGUCCUCAAACACGUAUCAAGGAAGUAGAACCGCGUGCUGUGUACGUUCAUUGUGUAGCUCAUACGCUCAAUUUAGCUGUUCAAGAUGCGACGGAACGCGUUCCAUGCGACUUUAUUCUGGGUAAAGGCGAAGUGACUACCGAAGAGAUCACGCAAGUGUACAAUACAGGAAGCGCCGAUUUCAAUGCAGGAUUACUGGAACGUCAUCGUGACACUUUUCUCGAUGUUUCUACUCGAAAAGAGGCGAAAAUUGAGUCCUUGAAAGAUAUCGUCAUGUUCCUGAAGAACAACCCUGCGCUCGCUGACAUGAUUCCAGAGUUCAAAAGACUGAUCCAAAUAUUGUUGACGGCAUUGAUUUCCCCUCCCGCCACUCAAUCCCUUCCCCCCUCCCCUCCAAAUCUCUUACUUAUACUCAACACCUCAGAUUUUCACGUUCCGCCACCCCUGUUCCCAACAUCAAAUUAUCAUCAGUCAAAUCAUCCAGCACCCUAUCAGGGUCAAUAUGAUAAUACAUUCUAUCCCAGUUAUCCUCAAUAUCCCCCUGAAUCCUAUGGCUCCAUCAAUCAGCUACAGAAAACUGGAACAACUGAUUCUGGCUUGUACAACCAAAAUUAUAAUUAUCAUCCUCUUUAG